UUUCAGGUGCAUAUCUCAGAAUAUGGCAAAUAAACUUAGAGAAUUUUUGAGUGAAAUAAUAGAACUGUAUAGAAGUUUUCCGUGUUUGUGGAAAGUGAAAAGCCACGAAUAUUCAAAUAGGAAUAAAAAUAAUGAGGCUUACGUGGAACUCGUGAAAAAAUUCUGAGAGAAAAUUCCGAAUGCAGAUCGAGAUAUGAUAGUGAAAAAGAUAAAUGCUAUGCGCAGUGCUGUACGGAAAGAACAAAAGAAAGUUGAGCAAUCAAAAAAAUCUGGCUCAGAAGAUGAGAUCUACAUGUUUGUGGUAUUUUCAUUAAUUUGAUUUCUUGAUGGACCAAGAUGUUCCUCGUGCUACUUGCAGCUCGUUGGAUGAAACUACAUUUGUUGAGGACAGCAAUGAAACAGGUGAGGACUCGAGUUGGGCAUGGACCACUCUUCAGACUGCACCACCAACACCUACCCCGUCUUCAGUGCCAACUCCCAGCCCGUUUCCAGUGCCAACUCCUAGCCCGUCUCCAGUGCCAACUCCUAGCCUGUCUCCAGUGCCAACUCCCGGCCCAUCUUCAGGCCCAACUCCCACCCCAUCUUCAGGCCCAACUCCUGGCCCGUCUUCAGGCCCAACUCCCACCCCAUCUUCAGGGCCAACUCCCGGCCCGUCUUCAGGCCCAACUGAACGUGAGUUUCAGGAAACUCAGCCUCAAAAGCGACGGAAGAAAGCAGACCAAAAAGAUGUACUAGAUCUGCUUCUUAAGCAAAUUGCCUCAAAAGAGGAAGCUAGUAGAGAGUUCACUCAUUAUGCAAAAGCAUGGGUGCAAGAGUUAGCAAAAAUGGACCCAACACAAGCCGAAGAAUGUUGUCGUAUAAUUAGCGAUGCCAUUUACAAGGGCAAGUGAGGGCUCCUUGGACCAAAUACAAUAAUUUCGCAACGAGUAACCGACGUUCAGCAAAUUGUAGAGUGCUCUGCAGGCAACCAACAAGAGGACCUAGCAACUUAUUUUUCUAACUUUCAAGGUUCACAAUUUCAUAGUUAAUGCAUUAAUUGUAAACACAUAAACAUAUUGAUUAAAUUUCAAGUAAUUGAAGCAGUAUUUCACUUACCUUCAUAUAAUCCUUAGCAAGCACUCUAUAGAUAGCGACACAGGUUUCGGGUAUGAU